AUGGGGAACGAGAACGGCUCCGCGGUGGACGACCUCCACUCGGUGGAGAUCCACUUGUGGUACAAGAAGUUCAUGCGAGAGUGCCCCUCGGGCCAGCUGACGCUGCACGAGUUCAAGCAGUUCUUCGGCAUCAGCAGCGUCACGGCGGAGGGCAACGCCUACAUCGAGCAGAUGUUCAGGACCUUCGACAUGAACAAGUCCUCGGCUCGGGUCAUGAUUCCCGUCGGAGCCCUGACCUCCUCCUUCUCAUUGGAGGGUCACCCGGACCUCAAGAUCCUUCAGCCCUGGUGGGACGUGUUGUGCGACAUGCUCUCUGUGCCCAUGUUCAUGAUCGGCAUCUUUGCCGGGAUGCUGCAGAACAUGAACGAGCGCAUUCUGUGCGUGCCGGUGCCGAGAGGCUUCGACGUGGAUCUGAAGGAGUGGAACGAGACCGUCCUGAGGACGCUCGUGGCCAACCCCAGGGCUCACACGUUCUGCUACGACAACGCGGUGCUGUGGAUCAGCAAGUACUUCCCGCAUCUCGUGGUGCUGCACACACUCAUCCUGACGGCCACCAGGAACUUCUGGUUCAGGUUCCCGGAGACGAGCUCCAAGAUCGAGCACUUUGUGUGCGUGCUGGGUAAGUGCAUGGACUCGCAGUGGACCACGCACGCCGUGCACGAAGCCGCACUGGACGGGUUGGCGUCAGCGGCGGCGCUGCAGCCGCCAGCGCCGCCCGCCACAGUGGGGAGCUGCAGCGACCCGAGAUCCGACGAACUCCCCGCCGUGGAGAAGCUGCCUUCGGAGUCUCCGCCGCCGCCGGCACCGCCGCGGCCCUCCGUCCGAUUCGUCGACCCCGGCGAGGCCGCCACGCCCCCCGACCGGCCCCCCCCGGAGCAGAACGAGGGCCGGCGGACGCCGCUCAAGGAGUACAUCGCGGAGGCGCGCCAGGAGACGGGGGUGGAGGACAUUCCGGACGUGCGCAACGACUUUGCCUUCCUCCUGCACCUGGUGGACAAGUACGACCCCUGCUACGCGUGCAAGUUCUCUGUCUUCCUGUCCGAGGUGAGUGAAAAUAAGCUGAGGCAGGUGAACGUGGACCAAGCGUGGACCCUGUCGCAUCUGACGGGGCUGCUGGCGAUCAAUGCGCAGGGCGAAAGCGAGCUGCAUCUCUCCAAGCUGGCAGCGGUGCCAGUGGACACAUACCAGCUCACUCAGAUACAGGUGCUGACGCUGGACUCGAUGCACGGGGUGACGCUGGGGGCGGCGGUGGUGCAGAUGGUGAAUCUGCACAAGCUGCGGCUGCUGAACUGCACCGUGGGCGUCGACAAUCGCGCACUCGCCUUCCUCAGCGAGGAGCUGCACCAGCUGGAGGUGAAGUUUGCAAUCAAGGCGGAGGUCCCGGGCUGGCUGCGUGAAAUGCGCCACCUGGAGGAGCUGUCCCUGGAGGGGCCCCUGACGCCGGCGCUCCUCAAGCCGCUGGGCGACCUCAGGCGCCUGCAGGGCCUGCGCCUGACCACCAGCGUCGCCCGCCUCCCGCCCGGCCUGGCCUCCGGCGCCGCCGGCGGCCUGCGCUCGUUCGCCCUCGACAACGGCGGCGCGCGCCUCGAGUCGCUGGCGCCCCUGAGCAAGCUGUGCGGCUUGGAGACGCUGCGGCUGACGCGCUGCGGCCUGGAGCCCGCCGAGCUCGCGCGGCCCCUGCUGGCGCUGGGACGCCUCAGCGAACUCGACCUCUCCCGCAACGGCCUCCGCUCGCCGGGAGACGGCGACGACGACGCGGCGAUGUUGCCGGCGGCCGCCUGCAAGCGCCUCGCCAUCCUGCGUCUCUCGGACAACGCCCUCGCGAGCGUCCCGCGCUUGGCGGCCGCGGCGGCGCUGCGCUCGCUCUUCCUCGACGGGAACCUCAUCGGGGGCGAGCUGCCCGCCGGGCUGUUCCGCCUGCACGGCCUGCAGGUGCUAGACCUGAGCCGCAACGCCAUCGUCACCCUGCCGCCCGAGGUGCGCCAGCUGACUCGGCUGAGCACCCUCCGCCUGUCGGGCAACGCCCUGCAGAGUCUGCCCGACGAGUUGUUCGGCUGCGAGGGGCUGCGGACGCUGGUGCUCGCCAACAACGAGCUGCGCGAGUUGAGCGGCCUGGUGGGGAGGCUGUCGAGGCUGCGCCGCUUGGAGCUGGCCGGGAACCGGCUGACGGAGCUGCCGGCCGAGCUGGGGGAGUGCGCGGAGCUGAGGCGCGGGGGGCUGCUGGUGGAGGCGGAGCUGUUCGAGUCGCUGCCGGCGCAGGUGAAGGAGGCGAUGCGGGGCGAGCACAGCGGCGCGGCGACGCAGAGCCCCCCUGGGAGCCGGGAGAGAAUGGGAGUCGUAAGUCGGGGACUGUCUGUACAUGUCGCUGUAGUUAAGAGUCGUAAGUCGGGGACUAUGUUCAUGCUGUAG